CUAAAAAGAGGGUUCAGAAUGUUGAAGAAACAGAAACUUAGGGUUUAUGUGGUGGAUGAAUGAUUUAGCAGCGAAUUGAAGGGUGUGGUGGAAGAUGGAGUUUUGUCCAACAUGUGGGAAUCUGUUGCGAUACGAGGGAGGUGGCAAUUCGAGAUUCUUCUGUUCCACAUGUCCAUACGUCGCCUACAUCCAAAGACAGGUGGAGAUAAAGAAGAAGCAACUUCUGGUUAAGAAAUCUAUAGAAGCUGUUGUGACUAAAGAUGAUAUACCCACAGCUGCUGAAACUGAAGCCCCAUGUCCAAGGUGUGGCCACGACAAGGCAUACUUCAAAUCAAUGCAGAUUCGUUCAGCAGAUGAGCCAGAAUCAAGAUUUUAUAGAUGCUUGAAGUGCGAGUUCACUUGGCGUGAGGAAUGAACUGACUGAUGAUCAUCUUCUCCGUCUCUUUGCCUCUGCCAAUUUUGAAAGUAGGAGAUAGGGAAUUUCGACGCAGCACCUGAUUGAUUCUCCAGAGAUCAAAACUAAGUCCACACUAAGGACCAUAUGGUCCAAUCAGUUCCAGAUACUUGGAGCAUUGCCUUGUGUUGUGAGCAUAAAACGGCAAAACCCAUGAGCAUUGCCUUGUGUUGUGAGCAUAAAACGGCAAAACCCAUGAAAGAAGGUUGAUAGCAUUAGAGAAAACAGAGCAUUGCAGCUCACACCGUCCACCCAUGAACUGAUGAUACUUUCACUAUUUUUUCCGGAUUGAUUGCAUCUUAGAAUCAUAGUCCUGUUUCCAUUGGCCUUAAUUAGCUGUUUAAGUACUAAG